UCAAGAAUCCAUUUGUUAGAGUUUUUUAUUGAGUUUAAAAUUGUAUUUAUUCUUGUUUAAACAAGUGUUUUAUCCGCAUUUGAACAGUAUUGUUUGUUGAUAUUUAUCGUGACAAAAGUGAAGAUGUCUCGCUGCUGUAGAGAUGGACGCGCGCUUCUCACCCUCGCCUAGUCGCGGGAUGGACAAAUACGAACAGUUGGCUGUGGUGGGUGAGGGCUCGUACGGCGUGGUGCUGAAGUGCCGCCGGCGGGACAAUGGCCAGUUGGUGGCCAUCAAGAAGUUCCUCGAGACCGAGGACGACGCCGCCGUCAGGAAGAUGGCGCUGAGAGAGAUUCGGAUGUUGAAGAAGCUGCGGCACGACCACCUGGUGAACAUGAUCGAUGUGUUCCGGCGCAAGCGGCGGUUCUACCUGGUCUUCGAGUACCUAGACCACACGCUGCUGGACGAGCUGGAAGGCUGCCCCGGCGGGCUAGGCGAGGACACCGCCAAGAAACACCUCUACCAGCUCUUGAAGGGCAUCGAUUAUUGUCACCAGAACUCUAUAAUCCAUAGAGACGUGAAGCCGGAGAACGUUCUGGUGUCGAACGCGGGCGUGGUGAAGCUGUGCGACCUGGGCUUUGCGCGCGCGCUGGCCGCGCCCGGGGAGCCCUAUACUGAGUACGUGGCCACCAGGUGGUACCGCGCGCCCGAGCUACUGGUGGCCGAGCACAGGUACGGCCCCGAGGUUGACAUCUGGGCUAUCGGCUGCCUGUUCGCUGAGAUGCUGACGGGCGACCCGCUGUUCCCUGGCGACUCGGACAUCGACCAGCUCGCGCUCAUCAUCAAGACUGUUGGCAAGCUGGCCCCGCGACACCAGCAGGUGGUAGCGCGGCUGGCUGGCGGCGCGGCGCUGGCGGCGGAGGCGAGGCGCGCGGCUCUGCCCGGCGUAGGCGCUGCGAGGGACCUGCUCGCCGCGUGUCUGCGCACGGAGCCGCGAGCGCGACCGCAGGCCGCCGCGUUGCUGAGGCACAAAUACUUCACUGUAGAUGGCUUUGCGGAGAGCUUCAACGCGGAACUACGGAAGAAACUUGGCAAAGAGAUUGAGACCCCUCCUACACAACAAAGCGCGGCCCGCGUUGCGGGGAAACCGCGACAGCAAUGGACUUUGAACAUAAUACCGGAUCACAGUCGAUCACGGACGGACAGCAUCGCUGGAGAAUCGCUAAUCGAUUACAAUUAUACGCCAACUUCAGAGAUGCACCCAGAGCCAGUGGAAGUAAAACCCGCCGUUGAACAGUCCGCAGCGCCGGCGCAGGACUCCAGCGAAGUGCGGUCAGUGGCCGGGGCCUCGCUGGCGGCGCGUGCGCCGCCUCUCAGGUCCCUUUCGAGGGCUAUCAACGACACCUUCCAGACGUUUCCUGUCCCAGUAAAUAGUUAUCCAAGAACACCCUAUAUCAAAAAAGUGAACAAUAAAUUGGUGAUGGAUGAGGAUUUGCUCCGUGGGAGGGCUGUCGCCAAAAAAGCCAGCAAAAAAACGCCACCAGAGCUGUCGCUGCCCUAUGUCCCUGGUGCGAGCAACAGCCCCAUGAAAAAGGCGAAGAAACCACAUGUGCAUCACACUGCGACUAAAUCCUUCGACCCGUGGGAGUCGCAACGCAACAUCACGGAAUUGACGUCGGGCGCCAGAACCCCGACCAACCUGCCCUAUAUGUGACGGCACGACCGCGGCGCGUCUCGGGCCGCUUUUUAGCGGUAAUACAAAUUACCAUACAUUCAAAUUAAGUAGUUGAAACCAUUCAAUAAUUCUAAGUCACAACUGCUCCAGAACAUUUUAUUACAACCCUGCAAAACUAAUUGGUUGUCAAUUAA